CCAUCGCCAGACAUUAGCUGAUUUUCUGAUUACGUGGUUGGCAUUAUUGACUGUGAAUAUGGUUAGCUAGGGAGGUCUGAAUUGGAAUUUUGUUAAUUUGUGUUGAGUGGAAUUUGUGUUGAUACUUCGAAUGAGCUUUAUUAAGGUACUCUUAACAAUACUGAAUCUUCAUAAUGCUUACUUAAACGCUGUUAAUCAUGAAUGAACCGAUCAUUUCAUUUCUUAUGAAUUGACAUACUUUACCAAGGAAAAUAAAUGUUAUAAUAAUAGGUGUGUUUCAGUAUCUUCAUAUGUGUUGUUAUUCAGAAAAUUACAGAUGAUGUAUAACCCUACUUAUUACCCUCGUCAACGUUGGCAUGUCCCCAAGGAGCAAGAACGUAACUUUGUAGCUGCAUUUUUUCACAUGGCAACAAUAGCAUUGACAUGUACAUCCUUGGCUCAGCUGGGGUGGUUCCAUUUGAAAGGUGGUCAGUGUACAACACAUCUGGCUGUCUACCAGUUCUUUAGCUUUGGAUAUUUUGAUACUGGAGCAAGGCAAACAGAUUUGCAGUUCCGUGCAAGAGAAGUGGUUUCAUCCCCAAUGUCAAUCCAAUACCAUUCACCGAGUGGAACUCUUCGGUGUGUCACGCCUGAAAUUGCCGACUUGAUGCAUGUGAUAAUUAUAUUAUGCUUCAUGGCAAUGAUUUCUUCCCUUGUGGGAUUUUUCUUGGAUAUUGUUGGUCCUACAAAAAAAUUCAUGAAAGUUAUCCAGAGGAAUUCAAUACCAAGUAUAUUUACAGUUCUGUGGGUGGUAGCCAUCAUUGGGGUUUGUUAUGAUAUCACGAGACUUCUUGAAGUGUCUGGAAUAAAGGUUUAUUAUGAGUAUGGUUGCUACACAAUUACUGCAGCAGGUGCAGUUGCUGUUUGUGCAACAGCUAGCAAUCUGCUGCAAAAUCAUUCUCCCAUUGAGGACAUACAUCGGCGCCGUCUUAUGGACGACUGGGAUGGUGUUGAGACAUUCUCUGUUAUGGGAGGCAGUCUGAGGAGUUUGGACACCCCUCUUGAGAGCAUUCCUCCUCCUCCACCAUACAGCCCCUGAUCCAUGCAUCCUGAGGAUGUUAUGACAUCCAUUGAUUGGGAACCAGCCUGUGAUAAUAAUCUCAUUAUUUAGGUAAGAGAGGCAAGUUGCAACAUGACAUAGUGAUAAUGCUGAUUUAUAUAGCCUACUGCACAGUUUCUUGUGAAGUGUUGAUCACUUUUAGUAUUCAGGGUAUGUGCUUUAAAAUAUGCAACAGAUGAGAGAUGACAAUAACAGAUGUGGAGUAUAAUAGUGAUAUUCUUUUAAGUGAAACAUAGAACACAUAGAAUUGAUCACAAAUCUUAGACUAUACAAACAUAUUUUUAAAAUAUAUCUUUCCAUAUUUUUUUAAUUUGCUAUACAUUAUCACAUCAUAUUACAGGGAGGAGAGACUAGUUUAAUGCUUAAUGUAUAUAACAUUAUAUCUGAAACAGAUCACUUCGAGAGGUGGUUACAAAUGUCUCAAAUUAUACUGUUCAUUGUUUAAUAUUUUAAUAUAACUCUGUAAUUAACUCCAUAGUAUGAGUGAACUUACAUGAAAAACAUCUGCAGAGAAACAUACUGUAAAUAUAACAUUUUUCUUAAUGAUCUGUCAAGUCUUGGUAAGGAUUCAUAACUGUUUGAUACAGUGUAAGGUAUUGAAAAUUGACUUCAGAAUAAAAAUUAAACAUUUCGAUAGUUUGUGGGAUAACAUCUUAUUCACUGGAAAUGUCUGCGCAUGAACUCUGUAGCAUAUAUUCUGUAAAAUUGAGAUAGAUACUCAUAAUCAAAUAUGAGUCUGUCAUGUGUUGGAAUUUCUUCGUGGUCUUUUAAGAAAUUGUCUGCUACUGAUUGCAGUACUUUACUUUUACUUUGAUACUUUGAAGACCUGUUCUUCAAGUGCCUGAGCACUGCGGGUCCCAACUUUUUCAUUAGCUUUGAUCUCUAGACAUUCGGUAGGACUCCUUGGACGAGGGAUGUGCCAAUCGCAAGACCUCUACCUGUACACAGGACAGCACAACACAGAAAAACACAGACAAAUAUCCAUGGCUUGAGUGGGAUUGAAAACCACGAUCCCAGCGACCAAGGCCCACGCCUCAGACCGCACGGCCACUGAUGGCAGUAUUGAGCAUUAAAUUAAAAAUAGAUUCAGCCUGUGCUAGAACUAAUGUAGAAUGUUGAAAAGACCAUUUACAGCUUACCUCCCUUGUUCUGUAAGGAAAGAUGGGUUUAUGGUAUAAUUUGAUUUGUACAUCCAUCCAUGUGUGGCACCCCUAAUAACUUUUGAAAUAGUUUGUAGAUGAAAUUUGGCAUGAAUCAUCUUUAAAUUAAUUACACUAGGCUUUGUAAUUUCUUACUGGCAUUACUACUAACAUGUCAGUCCUCUAAACUUGUGAUGUGGGAGUGACGCUAAUACAUUUUAAUGCAGGGUUCUGAAAUUUUGUAUAGUAAUAGGUCAUACAGCUUUUGUUGAGAUAGUUUCUUUUAUAGACUCUAAAACAACAAAAUGGUGGUCAUGUGAAAUAUACUGUUAUCUUUCCUUUGAUGGUGCUAACCAAUAAACCACUGGAACUAGGUAGGUGGAAUUUUGUAAGAUGAUUGAUUAUAAACACAGGUACAAAUUCUGUAUGAAAUAUUGCUUACAUUCAAACAGUUACUAAUAUAAUAAUUGUACAGAGCUCUGGGUAUAUCUGACAAAUUUAACAGUCUGUACUAGUGAAAGUUAUGUAUAGAAAUAGAUUAUUAAGUAGAAUAAAUACUAUGUGGGCUUAUGUGGAAGACCUAUUAAGUCCAGAAAUUAUGUUUUUGAGAUGAAUGAAAAUAUGGGACUUCACAGAAGUGAUACCUUUGUUUGUGAUGUUACUAAAUGUGUAACUUGCAGCAAUCUGUAAUCUGUUAUUCCACUGUGCUAUGUUGUGUUUGAAAAACAUUGAUGAAACUGGUUAGUAUUAUAUCCUCAACCCUUUGAAGCUCAUCUAAAUUUUGUUUAAGAAUCCAGUCCGUACCGCAGAGAAAACACCAUUACAAAUACCAACUGGCUAAUACUCUUAAAGGGAAUAAUCCCUGUUUACACUGAGAAACAUACCAAACCCAUAAAUACAAAAUACAAUCACUGAUUAUUAAAGCAGGUGUGCUUUAAAGGGUUAAGAAGAUCAAGUAUUAAUAAGCUUUCAGAUUGCACUGAUUUAUGCAAGAAGAGAACUUGAUGUUAUGUUAUAUGUUGUAUAGUAUUAACAUUUGCAGCAAAGUAAUUAAAAAUAUGUUGAGGAUGUUGGAGUGUGAAGUCAAGUGUUGCUAUACUUUUAACAAUAAUUCACAUGUUAGUGUUUUAUCAACUAAUUAGUUGUUAUUCCUUUAAAGUUGAACUAUAAUGGAUAAUAGUUUGGAUUGUAGGUUAAGGUGAUGCUGUGAUAUAUGUGUGUGGAAGAUGAAUCCUCAUAUUUCCAUUAUUACAUAAAAUUUCAUCAACAUACUUGUAUUAACAGGUUCACUUAAUAUCCUGCCCAAGGUAUGGUAUGAGCUGCUUUCUUUUAAUAUAUUGAAUAAAGAAAAUAACUCAUUAUAUUAAGCCUUUUUACACGAGAACUCACCGAUUGUCUUAUGUAGAAAAUUCUGAAUAACACAAUUGCAUUUGUGUCACCAGAAUCAGAGAUUAUCUCUUUCUGUAGAUCUGCUGUAUUGUAUUUUUUUAAGUAUUACUGCCAUCUUACUGGUAGGUGGAACAUAAUGACUGAAGAAAAUGUUUUGGCUUAUGUUCAUUGUCACAGGAACUCCUCAUUUACAUGUAGCUAAGUGACUUGUAUAAAUGACAGUUACUCAUUAUGAAAUAUCUAAAGUUGCUAACUUCAUCUUCAUGCACAAAUAUUUUCCUGAGUACUUUAUUUACAUAUACAAAUUAUUUUAUCAAGAUAAGUGUCGACACAAAAAAAAGCAAAAAAGCUAUGUGACAAGUUACACUUAUCCAUUUCAUAUCUGUAAUUAAUAUUACUUUUCCUUUUGUAGAGAAAUCUCAGAUACAUAACUGUAUCAUUAUGUUGACUGCACUGUCUGUAAACAUAAGCAUGAAUACUUUGCCAUCAAAAUAAUAAAUGAGAAGAAACCAAAUAUUUGUGGUGCUAAAUAGCCUUCAUCUUAUCAGGACUGUAGAUGUUGGCAACCAUAACUGGUAAGCAACUGGUUGAGAUCUUGGUAUUUUGGUGUAGUGUAAAAAUAGUUACAGGUCAGUCAACCAACAACCCAUCAAAAGUUCUUUGUUUUUUUAAAUGUUGUUUUCACAUAAAUGGGGUCUAAAUGUAGGACAUAAAGGGGCAAUGAGAAUUACAUAGGCCUGCUUGCUUGUUCUAAGCACUGCUUGAUCCAGUCAUCUUGUAUUGUUUUCCAGUUCAGAUUUGUUUUGUAAUAGAAUGUUUAUUGUUGUUAACACACGAUUAUAAUUCUUGAUAAGGUAUAAUAUUUUAAUGGUAAAUAAAAAUGUUUUAGCAA